AUGCUUAUGACAACAAAACUUGCUCUUGCUCUUGCUCUGGAAAGUUUACUUGGCUUAGUCGUUGCUCAAUCCUCUUGUAGCCCCGAUACUGUAUCUUGUCAUUGGUCUGGAACUGUAGAUUCUUGUUGUUCUCCCAAGUAUGGUCUUGUCGUCCUUAAUCUUCAAUGGGUACCUGGGUAUGGCCCUAAUGAUGAAUUCACUCUCCACGGUCUCUGGCCCGAUAAAUGUGAUGGUACAUAUGCUCCUUCCAAUGGCUGUGAUUCAAGCAGGAACUUGAACAAUAUUUCUUCCAUUAUUGAAUUAGCGAAUGGUACGCUAUAUAACCGUACGAAUACUUUUUGGCCUAGCUACAUUCUAAGUAACAAUGACUUUUGGUCUCAUGAAUGGAAUACUCAUGGCACUUGUGUAAGCACCCUUCGUCCCAUUUGCUAUGGUGAUAAGUAUGUUAAAUAUCAAGAAGUUCUAGAGUAUUUCAAGAAAGCACUUGAUCUCCGUGAUGAAUAUGACGUCUAUGAUGCUCUCAGGUAA